AUGUCCGGCUGGGCUGCCUACAUCACCAACUUGACCGCCGCCUCAUCCCACAUCCAGAAAGCGGCCAUCGUCGGAUUCCCCGAUGCCGCUGUGUGGGCUCGGUCAGAGGGCGCCAACCAAUUUCAGGCAACGGAGGCCGAGCUGAAGACGUUGGUGAGCGGCUUCAACAACCCGAUGGAGGUGCCGGCCCGGGGAGCCGAUCUCGAAGGAGUGCACUACAUCGUCCCCAGGGCUGAUGAGAAGGUCAUCUUUGGCAAGCAGGGAAAGAGCGGAUUCUUCGCCGUCAAGACUGCUAAAGCGGUGCUGGUAGCCAUCUACAAGGGCGAGUCGGCCGAGGGAUCCGAGGUUCGGGCUGCCGUCGAGAAAUUGGCCGAGUAUCUGGCCAGCACCGGGUAU